GAGCGAGAGGAAGAGGUUGUUCACUUAAGUGUGUGUGUGUUUGUGUGUGUGUGAGCUUUCCUGCAGCGGUGAACACACACUAUCACUCGCUCACACACUCUCCUGCUGUCUGUCUGUUGUGUGUGUGAGUGUGUGUGUGUGUGUGUGUGUGUGUGUUUGUGACGAUGGAUGUUCUGGAGAUCUCCACCCGAAACCCUCAAGAAGACUUCGAGAUUCUGCUGCGGGUCGGUGGAGGGACCUAUGGAGAGGUUUAUAAGGCACGUAAUAAACAGACCGGCGAAUUGGCAGCCAUAAAGAUCAUCAAAAUGGAGCCUGAGGAUGAUUUCUCCGUCAUCCAGCAAGAGAUAGUGAUGGUGAAGAGCUGUACGCACAGAAACAUCGUGGCGUAUUACGGCAGCUAUAUCAGGAUGAAUAAACUGUGGAUCUGCAUGGAGUACUGCGGUGGAGGCUCCCUGCAGGACAUUUACCACGUGACUGGUCCUCUGUCAGAACUGCAGAUUGCCUACAUCUGUCGAGAGAUGCUGCAGGGUCUGGAUUAUCUUCAUGGACAGAAGAAGAUCCACCGAGACAUUAAGGGUGCAAAUAUUCUUCUGAAUGACCACGGAGAGGUCAAACUGGCGGAUUUCGGCAUCUCUGCUCAGAUCACAGCCACUUUAGCGCGCCGCAUGUCCUUCAUCGGGACGCCGUACUGGAUGGCUCCAGAAGUGGCUGCGGUGGAGAUUAAAGGAGGAUAUAAUGAACUGUGUGAUAUCUGGUCUGUGGGAAUCACAGCCAUAGAGCUGGCAGAGCUACAGCCACCACUGUUUGAUGUACAUCCACUCAGAGUGUUGUUCCUGAUGUCUAAGAGCGGCUAUCAGCCUCCUAAACUCAAAGACAAGUCCAGAUGGUCCACAAUGUUCUACAGCUUCGUGAAGGCCAUGCUGAUCCGCAACCCCAAGAAGAGACCCGGCGCCAAGAAGAUGCUCACGCACUUGUUUGUGACGCAGCCGUCGCUGAGACAGGAGUUAACACUGGAGCUGCUGGACAAACUCAAACACCCUGAGAAAGAGUGCUUACACACAGACGAGGACGACAUGGAGGUUGUUGUCCCGCAUUCGCUCAGGAGAAUACACUCCAUCAACAGACACAACAAAGCAGAGAGAACCAACUCCGACAUCAGCUUGGAACAGAUUUACACACAGAGACCAGUAUCUGACAAACGAGAGUCACCAGAAGCAACGUUGCGGUCGUCGACGUGUCAGUGGAAGAAUCCUUCACGAGCGUCCAGUAAUCAGUCCAUCAGAGACGCCAGUGUGGACACAGACGACGACUACGAUGAUGUCGAAAUUAGCACACUGCAGCACAGUGAUGAAGUUCCUCCUCCUCUUCCUCCUAAACCGAAGCUCCGCACCAGUUCAGAGGAGAGCAUGGCAGCAGAAGAGGAUCAGAGUAAGUGUGUGUCCAUCAGUGUGUGUCCACCGGCGCCGUUAUUCAGGACAUCUAGCGGCACACACACACGCCCCCGACCCGUCCCACGACCACGAUCUGUACGCAGCGUCAACUCAGAUCCGUCAGCGUUCUCCAGUUUUCACACUGAUCCUCCAGCAGAUCUUCAGCCUCCUGAACUUCCACCCAAGAAGGACAGAAGACGCAGACAAGCUCCACAGGAUCCAGUGGAGUGUGUGAGUCCAGUGGUCAAGAAGCCGCCGAUCGUCUUCAGGAAGGUUUUUCACGGCUGUCCACUGAAGCUCAACUGCUCCUGCUCAUGGGAACAUCCCGUCACUAGAGACCAGCACCUGAUCUUUGGAGCGGAUGAAGGAAUCUUCACACUAAACCUCAACAGUCCAGAGACCACCAUGGAGCUGCUUUUUCCAGGAAAGUGUGUGUGGCUCUACACCAUCAGUAAUGUGCUCAUGUCCGUCUCAGGUAAAUCCUCCCAGCUGCACUCACACUCGCUGAAGGAGCUUUACGAACACACACGCAAAGAGCACCGUAUCGUCGCCCUGCCCACACACAGACUGUUGCCACGGAAGUUUACGAUCAGCAUGAAGAUUCCCGACACAAAAGGCUGCAGGACGUGUUCAGUAGCCCAUAAUACUCAGAACGGCUGUGUGUUUCUGUGCUGCGCGCUGGAGUCCAGUGUGGUGCUGCUGCAGUGGUACGAGCCCAUGCACAAGUUCAUGCUCAUCAAGCAAUUUGAGUUCCCGCUGCCGACGCCGCUGAGACUGUUCCAGAUGCUGGCGGUGGCGGAGCAGGAGUAUCCACAGGUCUACAUCCGGGCCAGCAGGGGGCGCAGCGCUGCACAGCCUCUACAGCUGGACUACAUAGACCUCAACUCCAACACCAGCUGGUUCACCGACACCGGACUCGAGAGCCGCAGUGCUGACCGGGUUCAGCUGAGUCAGUUGGAUGCAGACACUCUGCUGGUGCUGAUAGACAACUCGGUUCACACAGUGUCUCGGGACGGCUCUGUCAGACCACACAGAUUCCUGCCCACAGACACCAGCUUCAAGAUCGACAUCGACGCUGUGGUGUAUUAUGACGACACACUGAUCGCCGUCUGGAAACACGGCUGGCAGAGGAGAGGUCAAGGGUCAUCAGAGAUCCUGCAGGAGAUCACAGACAACAGGAGGACGUUCAGACUGCUGCAGCACGACAGAACUGUUGUCAUGGAGAAGCGAAUGUGUGACGACCAAUCAGGACUCAGUAAUCUGUACGUGCUGGAGACGACUGACUCCGCCCCUGUCUCCUGAGCAACGGCAACUGACCGAGAGACUGUUACUAACGUUGCUUUACAGUGAACAGGAGUUCAUGAAGACGCAGAUCAAAACACACACGUCUGCUGCGAGUGUGUGUGUGUGUGUGUGUGUGUGUGUGUGUGUGUGUGUGUGUCUGAGGUGUGUGUUUAUUUGAGGUGUGUAUCUGUGUGUGUUUCAGACGUGAUUGUGCAUUUGAGAUGUGUGGGUGUGUGUGUGUGUGCAUCUGAGGUGCAUGUUUUUCUGAGGUGUGUGUGUGCGUGUGUGUGUGUGUGUGUGUGUGUCUGAGGUGUGUGUGCAUUUGAGGCGUGUGUGUAUGCAUCUCAGGUGUUUAUGUGUGUACAUGUAUCUAAAGUGUAUGCGUGUAUAUUUGAUGUGAGAAUGUGUGUGUGUGUAUGUGUAUAUCUGAGGUGUGUGUGUGUAUAUGUGUAUAUCUGAGGUGUGUGUGUGUAUGUGUAUAUCUGAGGUGUGUGUGUGUAUAUGUGUAUAUCUGAGGUGUGUGUGUGUGUGUGUGUGUGUGUGUGUAUGUGUGUGUGUAAUAUCUGCUGAAGAUCACUGGAAACUGAAUGUCCGUCUGGUUUUAGAGAAUCUGCUGUGAAUUAAUGAAUUAUUAAAUAAAGCAGUUUGUGUGUGACAUGUA